ACGAGCGCAACAACUUUCUGCUGUUGAUACCAAAACGCCAAGCUGGGGGAAAGUAUAAACUUUCUAGAUCGUCCAACAAGAAGAUGGACAAUCAGAGCAAGGUGGUGAACUUGGAGCGGGUCCAGGCACUUCAGGCCUGGGUCAAGUCCACCAAUACCAAACUGACCCAGGUUAACGGCCAGAGGAAGUAUGGAGGGCCACCUGAUGUGUGGGACGGUCCCCCACCUGGGGCGCGCUGUGAGGUCUUUAUCAGCCAGAUCCCACGGGAUGUCUACGAGGACCUGCUCAUCCCCCUCUUCAGCUCGGUGGGGGCACUUUGGGAAUUCCGGCUCAUGAUGAACUUCAGCGGUCAGAACCGGGGCUUCGCUUACGCCAAAUACGGCACGGCCGCCAUCGCCAAUGAUGCCAUCCACCUCCUUCACGGCUACCCGCUGGGGCCUGGGGCUCGCCUCAGCGUGCGCUGUAGCAUCGAGAAGCGCCAGCUCUGCAUCCAGAACCUGCCAGCUUCCACCAGGCAGGAGGAGCUGCUGCAGGUGCUGCGUUUGCUGUCUGCGGGUGUGGAGAGUGUCGCCUUGAAGGCUGGCCCUGGCAUAGAGGGGGUGUCAGCCGUUGUUGCUUUCUCUUCUCAUCAUGCAGCCUCCAUGGCCAAGAAGGCUCUGGGAGAAGAGUUCAAGAAGCAGUUCUGCUUAGACAUCUCUAUCAAGUGGCUCUCUGCAGAGAAGCCCAACCCGGACAAGCCCCCUCCUCAGAGAGCUCCUAAAGGCCUGCUGCCGUCCCCCCUGAAGCACCUAGGCCAAACCUCCCCUCGGCUGCCCCCACGAUUGGCUUCUCCCGCAGUCCCCACAGCCUUCUGUAAAGCUGUGGGUGGGCCCCCCACACAGCAUGAUACUCAUGUUAAAGGCACCUCUCCUCCCCCCAGGGGACAAGUCAUGUUUUCUGUGUCCCCGGUGCUGUUGCUGCGGAAGCUGAGUGAGGCGAGUGGGUGGGGGGAUCCACACUAUGAGAUGCUUUUUAGCCACGCCGGCCCAGAUGGAUUUCUGUACUUCACCUACAAGGUGCACGUCCCCGGAGCCCCCACCACCUUCAGGGGCUUCGUCAUGAUUUUACCAGGACACUGCACGUCCACCAUGCUGGAGGAGGCCAGGAGGGCUGCUGCCCAGCAGGUCCUGCAGAAGUUGUGCAGCAGCGGUUUGAGCGCCUGAACAUUUUAGUGCCUGUGUGUUUUUGUUCCUGCAUGUUUUAGGGUGUUGAGUUAUUGCAGUGUGUUUGCAUGCUUUUCUACUGUUCAGUGUUCCUCGUUUGAAGUAAAUGAGAUCCAAAAGAAACGCCGUCCUCUUUGUGUAGCCGCACCACCACAGCUCACAGUCCUCCUGUAGACCUUCAGAAGAAGCUUGUCAUCACACAUCCAAAAACAAAAUACACAUGUAAUAGAUUACGAGUUUAAUGCACAGAUAUUAUUUUCAAAGCAAGUGGUGCUAAUGCAACAGCAGACAGGGCCAGAGGCCAGAUGUUACAGUUAUCAACCCUGAUGGAGAAGAUUCCACUGCAGUAAAGAGCCUGAGCAGCAACAAACAUAACCAGCAUUGGACCAGACCAGCACCAGAACUGCCAUAGUACCUGCAGCAGUAAACAUGAAGGAAGGAACCUCCAUUUCUGGUCCAUCAGUCCUUUUUUCAUUAGAAGCUUCAGUUCUGGUUGCAGAUUCAGGAAGAACACAGACUCUUUGGACACGAGAGCUUUAAUGAACAUGUGCAGCAAACUCUUGGACCAGGCAGGUAAACAUCUGCCUUGACUGCAGGAGCAGCCUGAACUCCUUUCUAGGCCACAUCAGAACCACAGAGCUCCAAGGACAACUGGGGGCCAGGGGGAUGCUGUACAAAACUGGAGUUGGGCAGCAGGGAGGAGUUAGGCUUCAGACGUCCUCCUCUUGAUCUCAGCGAUGAGAUCGGCUCUGGAGAUGUCCACCUGCGGACAGAUGGCAGAAAUGAGCUCUGUUCAUUAGUUUGUGGCUCAGAGCUGAGCAGCUAAGGCAUCAUCAGCUGAGGUGUAAGACGAUGUUCCACCUUGAUGACUGCAAGGGUCACAUCUGCCCCUACAGCACAGAUGGAGGACACACCAGACCCAUAAAAAUUAAAUCUCUGCUUUC